AUGCGUUUAACAAUCACAGAGGCAUUUUUAGCUGUAGAAUUAUUAUAUUCUAUUAUACCUCCUCCAGAUUCUACCAAAUCAAGUGUCUUGGUUUUUAUGUUUCUUGCUCUUUGUCAUAGUGACGAAGUCCAAGGUCGCACAUUUGCCCUGAAAGAGAAGAAGGCUGUCCCAGAAGGGAUUUACGCUAGAAUUAUCAAAGAAGUAUUUACUCGAAGCCAGCCAAUAUGUGAUACGAUAUGUGAAGUUAUACCGGGAUGUGGAGUAGCUCUCUAUGAUCCGACAUUUGUUGAUUGUCAUUUAUAUCAAGCUUCAAGAGUACUUGCAGCUUUAUUAGUACAAAGUUCUCUUGAUGAAGAUAGUUCUGGGAGCUCUAGCUCUGGUGAAACAAAAGCUGGUGCAUGUCAAAAGGAAUGCGCUUUAAACGAAAGAUGUAUUUCGUUUUCAUUUGAUGAAAUUAACCCGUUUCCUGGAUCACUGUGUCUACUUUUAGCUCAAGAUGCAUCAGCAUUUACAUUUCUUGACAGUGAAAUUGCUCUUUUUGAGUAG